GGCGGCGCCGCGCGUGAGGGGCCGCCUGGGGCCGAGCGGGCGCCGCCAACAUGUCGGAUACCAAGGUAAAAGUUGCCGUCCGGGUCCGGCCCCUGAACCGACGAGAACUGGAACUGAACACCAAGUGCGUGGUGGAGAUGGAAGGGAAUCAAACGGUCCUGCACCCUCCUCCUUCUAACACCAAACAGGGAGAAAGGAAACCUCCCAAGGUAUUUGCGUUUGAUUAUUGCUUUUGGUCCAUGGAUGAAUCUAACACUACAAAAUAUGCUGGUCAAGAAGUGGUUUUCAAGUGCCUUGGGGAAGGAAUUCUUGAGAAAGCCUUUCAGGGGUAUAAUGCUUGCAUUUUUGCAUAUGGACAGACAGGCUCAGGAAAAUCCUUCUCCAUGAUGGGCAAUGCUGAGCAGCGGGGCCUCAUUCCAAGGCUCUGCUGUGCUUUAUUUCAAAGGAUCUCUCUGGAGCAAAAUGAGUCACAGACCUUUAAAGUCGAAGUAUCCUAUAUGGAAAUUUAUAAUGAGAAAGUUCGGGAUCUUUUAGACCCCAAAGGGAGUAGACAGUCUCUUAAAGUUCGAGAGCAUAAAGUUUUGGGACCAUAUGUAGAUGGUUUAUCCCAACUGGCUGUCACUAGUUUUGAGGAUAUCGAGUCAUUGAUGUCUGAGGGAAAUAAGUCUCGGACGGUAGCUGCGACCAACAUGAAUGAAGAAAGUAGCCGCUCCCAUGCUGUGUUCAACAUCAUCAUCACACAGACGCUGUAUGACCUACAGUCUGGGAAUUCGGGAGAGAAAGUGAGCAAGGUCAGCUUGGUGGACCUGGCGGGUAGCGAGAGAGUGUCUAAAACGGGAGCCGCGGGAGAGCGACUGAAAGAAGGCAGCAACAUUAACAAAUCACUUACAACCUUGGGGUUGGUUAUCUCAUCGCUGGCUGACCAGGCAGCUGGCAAGGGUAAAAACAAAUUUGUGCCUUAUCGCGAUUCAGUCCUCACUUGGCUUCUUAAGGACAAUCUGGGGGGCAACAGCCAGACCUCUAUGAUCGCCACCAUUAGCCCAGCAGCAGACAACUACGAAGAGACCCUCUCCACACUAAGAUAUGCCGAUCGAGCCAAAAGGAUCGUCAACCAUGCCAUUGUGAAUGAGGAUCCCAACGCAAAAGUCAUCCGGGAGCUGCGGGAGGAAGUGGAGAAACUGCGAGAGCAGCUCUCGCAGGCAGAGGCUAUGAAGGCCCCUGAACUGAAAGAGAAGCUCGAAGAGUCUGAAAAGCUGAUAAGAGAACUAACAGUGACUUGGGAAGAGAAGCUGAGGAAAACAGAAGAAAUUGCACAGGAGAGGCAACGACAACUUGAAAGUAUGGGGAUUUCCCUGGAGACGUCUGGUAUCAAGGUGGGGGAUGACAAGUGCUACUUAGUCAACCUGAAUGCAGACCCUGCUCUCAACGAACUUCUGGUUUAUUAUUUAAAGGACCAUACCAGGGUAGGUGCAGAUACCUCUCAGGACAUCCAGCUCUUUGGGAUAGGAAUUCAGCCUGAGCACUGUGAGAUUGAUAUUGCUUCUGAUGGAGAGGUCACCCUCACUCCAAAAGAAAAUGCAAGGUCCUGUGUAAACGGCACCCUCGUGUGCAGCACCACCCAGCUGUGGCACGGGGACAGAAUCCUGUGGGGAAAUAACCACUUCUUCAGAAUUAAUUUACCUAAGAGGAAACGGCGAGAUUGGUUGAAAGACUUUGAAAAAGAAUCGGGCCCGCCAGAGCAUGACCUGGAUGCAGCCAGUGAGGCUUCCUCGGAACCAGACUAUAACUAUGAAUUUGCACAGAUGGAAGUUAUCAUGAAAACGCUGAAUAGUAAUGACCCAGUUCAAAAUGUGGUUCAGGUCCUGGAGAAACAGUACCUGGAAGAAAAGAGGAGCGCCCUUGAGGAGCAGCGGCUCAUGUACGAGCGGGAACUGGAGCAGCUCCGCCAGCAGCUGUCCCCGGAGAGGCGGCCCCAGAGCAGCGGCCCUGACCGCCUGGGCUAUAGCAGCCAGACAGCUCAGCAGAAAGUGACCCAGUGGGCAGAGGAGAGGGAUGAACUCUUCCGCCAAAGCCUGGCAAAACUGCGGGAGCAGCUGGUCAAAGCUAACACCUUGGUGAGGGAGGCUAACUUCUUAGCCGAGGAGAUGAGCAGACUCACCGACUACCAGGUGACUCUGCAGAUCCCUGCUGCAAACCUCAGUGCCAAUAGAAAGAGAGGAGCGAUAGUGAGCGAGCCAGCUAUUCAAGUGAGGAGGAAAGGAAAGAGUACCCAAGUGUGGACCAUCGAGAAGCUGGAGAAUAAAUUAAUUGAUAUGCGAGACCUUUAUCAAGAAUGGAAGGAGAAGGUUCCUGAGACAAAGCGAGUCUACGGGAAACGAGGUGACCCUUUCUAUGAAGCCCAAGAGAAUCACAACCUAAUUGGCGUGGCUAAUGUGUUCUUGGAGUGUCUGUUCUGUGAUGUGAAACUUCUGUAUGCAGUUCCUAUCAUCAGCCAGCAGGGGGAGGUUGCUGGGCGUCUCCAUGUGGAAGUGAUGCGAGUUACAGGCGCCGUCCCGGAGCGCGUGGUGGAGGAUGACUCCUCGGAGAACUCCAGUGAAAGCGGGAGUCUUGAAGUCGUAGACUACAGCGGGGAAAUCAUUCACCGAGUCAAAAAACUGACGUGCCGGGUAAAAAUUAAAGAGGCAACUGGGCUGCCCUUAAACCUCUCAAAUUUUGUCUUCUGUCAAUACACAUUCUGGGACCAAUGUGAAUCCACAGUGGCUGCCCCAGUAGUGGACCCAGAGGUUCCUUCCCCACAGUCCAAGGAUGCCCAGUACACUGUGACCUUCUCUCACUGUAAGGACUACGUGGUGAGUGUAACGGAAGAAUUCCUGGAGUUCAUUUCAGACGGAGCACUGGCCAUCGAAGUAUGGGGCCACCGGUGCACCGGGAACGGCAGCUCUGUCUGGGAAGUCGAUUCCCUUCAUGCUAAGACAAGAACGUUGCAUGACAGGUGGAACGAGGUUACUCGCAGAAUAGAGAUGUGGAUCUCCAUACUAGAGCUGAAUGAGCUGGGGGAGUACGCUGCUGUGGAGCUUCACCAGGCAAAAGAUGUCAACACAGGAGGUGUAUUUCAACUCAGACAGGGUCAUUCCCGGAGAGUGCAAGUCACAGUGAAGCCUGUCCAGCGUUCUGGGACACUGCCACUCAUGGUCGAAGCUGUCUUGUCAAUCUCCAUUGGCUGCGUGACUGCCAGGUCCACCAAGCUCCAGAGAGGGCUGGACAGUUACCAGAGAGAUGAUGAGGAUGGUGAUGAUAUGGAUAGUUAUCAGGAAGAAGACUUAAACUGUGUGAGAGAGAGGUGGUCUGAUGCCCUCAUUAAACGGCGAGAAUACCUAGAUGAACAGAUUAAAAAAGUCAGCAAUAAAAAAGAGAAGACAGAGGACGAUGUGGAACGGGAAGCCCGUCUGGUGGAGCAGUGGGUGGGGCUGACGGAAGAGAGGAAUGCCGUGCUGGUGCCUGCGCCGGGCAGUGGGAUCCCCGGGGCGCCUGCCGACUGGAUCCCACCACCUGGAAUGGAAACCCACAUACCUGUUCUCUUCCUUGAUUUGAACGCGGAUGACCUCAGUGCCAAUGAGCAGCUUGUGGGCCCCCAUGCAUCGGGCGUGAACUCCAUCCUCCCCAAGGAGCAUGGCAGCCAGUUUUUCUACCUGCCCAUCAUAAAGCACAGUGAUGAGGAGGUUUCAGCCACAGCCUCCUGGGACUCCUCGGUGCAUGAUUCCGUUCACUUGAAUAGGGUCACCCCACAAAAUGAACGGAUUUACCUGAUAGUGAAGACCACAGUCCAGCUCAGCCACCCGGCUGCUAUGGAGCUGGUAUUACGAAAACGGAUUGCAGCCAAUAUUUACAACAAACAGAGUUUCACCCAGAGUUUAAAGAGGAGAAUAUCACUGAAGCAUAUAUUUUAUUCCUGUGGUGUAACCUAUGAAAUAGUAUCCAACAUACCAAAGGCGACAGAAGAGAUUGAGGACCGGGAGACUCUAGCUCUCCUGGCAGCGAGGAGUGAGAACGAAGGCACGGCCGACGGGGAGACGUACAUGGAGAAGUACACGCGAGGCGUGCUGCAGGUGGAGAACAUCCUGAGCCUGGAACGGCUCCGGCAGGCAAUCACGGUCAAAGAAGCGCUUUCCACCAAAGCUCGGCACCUGCGGCGAAGCCUCAGCACACCAAAUGUUCAUAAUGUCUCUUCUAGUCGACCAGACCUUUCUGGCUUUGACGAUGAUGAUAAGGGUUGGCCAGAGAACCAGUUAGACAUGUCUGACUACAGCCCCAGUUACCAGGAUGUAUCGUGUUAUGGAACUUUGCCCAGGGAUUCACCUCGAAGGAGUAAAGAAGGUUGUACGUCAGAGAAUCCUCAUGCCUUAACAGUCAGCCCUUUUAAAGCAUUCUCACCUCAGCCGCCAAAGUUUUUCAAACCCCUAAUGCCUGUAAAAGAAGAGCAUAAGAAAAGGAUGGCGCUUGAAGCAAGGCCUCUUCUAAGCCAGGAGAGCAUGUCUCCACCUCAGGCACAUAACCCUGGCUGCAUUGUGCCCUCGGGAAGCAAUGGCAGCAGCAUGCCUGUAGAACACAAUAGCAAACGUGGGAAGAAGAUUGACUCUGAAGAGGAGGAAAACGAUCUAGAAGCUCUUAACCGGAAGCUGAUAAGUUCACAGCCUUACGUACCUGUGGAGUUUGCCGACUUCAGCGUUUACAAUGCCAGCUUGGAGAACAGAGAGUGGUUUUCUUCUAAAGUUGAUUUGACGAACUCAAAGGUCCUGGAGAAAGAAGUGUCCUGCAGUCCCACUACCAGCAGCAUCACCAGUGGCUACUUUUCCCACAGUGCCUCCAAUGCCACCCUGUCUGACAUGGUGGUCCCUUCUAGUGACAGCUCAGAUCAGCUGGCCCUUCAGACAAAGGAUGCAGACUCCAGUGAGCAUCCCGGAGCAUCACUUGUGCAUGACUUCAGACCAUCCUCAAACAAAGAGUUGACAGAACUAGAAAGAGGCUUGGUAAAGGAUAAGAUAACUAUGGUGCCACUCAAGGAAAACAGUGCCUUAGCCAAAGGGAGCCCGUCAUCCCAAAGCAUCCCUGAGAAAAACUCCAAAACCUGCUGUAGGACCAGCUCAUGUUCAGAACAAGAUGCCUGCUCCAGCAAAAAUGGCCAGCCGGCCAGGGAAUUCUGCCCCAGGGAGGUGACCAUAGAACACACCACAAACAUCCUCGAGGACCAUUCUUUCACAGAGUUUAUGGGUGUGUCAGAUGGGAAAGAUUUUGAUGGUUUGACAGAUCCUUCUGCUGGAGAACUUUCGAGUAGGAGGAACCUACCAAAUACAGUGGACAGUAAGAGUGUCUCCGAUGGGCCACAGGACCCUGGCCAGCUGUGUCCCUCGGCAGAGAGUGACCAGGUGAUAAUCCCAGGGGCAGUCUUUCGGGUCCUGUGCUGUCAACGAGGGCACCUAAUGGUGCCCCAACUGCCAGAGGCCUUUCAUCACAGUGACUUAGUAGGAGAGCUUCAUUCAGAUGUUUUCUGACAGGGACAAUGGGCCCACUUGGCGACCAAGUUCACAUGCUGCCCAGCUGGCUGGCUAUGGCGGAGCAAGUCUGCUUUCAUAGUUUCCGAGUGGGGUUAUGACAUAUGUAGGACCAGCAUAUGGGUUCAUGUUGAAUUAAGUGUUCACCUCGAUAAGGAUCAGUCAAUCUCGUGUUCACUCCCCGAGAUGUUUAAUUACGGGCUCUCCCAAGGUAUCCUGGUAGCAUCUACCAUAUUUCAUCACAUCUGUGAUUUCUUUGAUUUUUAGAUACGCUAUUAUUUUAUGUAUCAUUAAAGCAAAUACUUCCAAUUAAA